AUGGCGGCGCAGGGGUCUCAGUCCAAGUCUGCAGCCAAAUACCCAGGCGAGCUAAUCAGGGGACAGAUGUUCGAGGUCGGACCUCGCUAUACCAACCUCACUUACAUCGGAGAAGGCGCUUACGGCAUGGUUGUGUCUGCAACAGAUAAUGAAACAAAAGUCAAGGUAGCCAUUAAAAAGAUUUCACCAUUUGAGCAUCAGACAUACUGUCAGAGGACGCUGCGAGAGAUUAAAAUUCUCACCAGAUUCAAGCAUGAAAAUAUCAUUGACAUACGAGACAUACUGAGAGCUAAUACAGUUGAUGAAAUGAAAGAUGUCUACAUCGUCCAGUGUCUGAUGGAGACAGACCUGUACAAGCUGCUGAAAACACAGCAGCUCAGCAACGACCACGUCUGCUACUUCCUGUACCAGAUCCUCCGAGGGCUCAAGUAUAUCCACUCGGCAAACGUUCUACACCGAGACUUGAAACCCAGUAACCUUCUCCUCAACACUACAUGUGAUCUCAAGAUCUGUGAUUUUGGGCUGGCCAGAGUUGCCGACCCCGACCAUGACCACACAGGGUUCCUGACAGAGUACGUGGCCACACGCUGGUACAGGGCUCCGGAGAUUAUGCUCAACUCCAAGGGUUACACAAAGUCUAUUGAUGUCUGGUCAGUUGGAUGUAUACUGGCAGAGAUGUUGGCAAACAGACCUUUGUUUCCGGGCAAACAUUAUCUCGACCAACUGAACCACAUCCUGGGAGUGUUGGGGUCUCCCAGUCAGGAAGAUCUGGGCUGUAUCAUCAAUGACAAGGCAAGAGGGUAUAUCCAGUCUUUACCUUACAAACCUAAGGUUCCCUGGCAGAAGUUGUUCCCCAACGCUGACCCAAGAGCCCUGGAUAUGUUAGAGAAAAUGUUGACCUUUAACCCCAACAAGAGGAUCACUGUGGAGCAGGCCCUGGCACAGUCUUAUCUGGACCAAUACUACGACCCAGCAGAUGAGCCUUGUGCAGACGAACCUUUCACCUUUGAGAUGGAGCUGGAUGACCUGCCCAAGGAACGACUAAAAGAGCUGAUAUUUAACGAAACAGUGCAGAUUUCCGAAAGGAAUAAGCAGUUGCAUGUUUAG